GUAAGUGAGAAGAAAGAAAUCAAAACAAAUUAAAAAUAUUUGGCUCAAGAAUUUCGGAAUGUGAAUGUGCAUUCAGAAUUAUAUAACGAUCUGUUGACUUUUGAAAAUAUGUGAAAUUGACUUUAAUUACAAUUAUUCAGCUGACUUUUGUUAUUUCAAAUAUAUAAUCUAGCAUCUGAAAAUAUAUAGUACAACAAAAUUUAAUGUAUCCUUCAAUUUUUUUCAAAAAUUUUAGAAGUUAAUAUAUAGAUAAAAACGAAAUCUUCAACAAGGAUGGAAGGACAACUUUUGAGUCCAACCAAUUUGAUAAAAAAAAAGACUCAAAAUGCUGCUAGGAAAAUAAAAAACGGUUCUCCUAAACUGCAAGAAAUUCUACGUCAGAGAUGUCGACAACGAAUGCAUGAGAAACGUAAUGAAUUAUUUUUCAAAAGAAGACCUGGGCUUAUUGACUUUUCUCAAAAUGAAAAAGAAACUUUGGCAGACAUUAUUCAUUCAGAAUUUGAAUAUCUAGCAUCUAUGGAAUGGAGUGGUAUAACUAUAUCUUCAAGUAAGUCGGAAAAUUCCCUUCAAAAAGUAUUGUCGGCAAAUCAACAUGAGCCUCAUUUUUUGGUAGUAGAUCACAGUUUUGACAUUGAAGAAGAAAUAGAAGAACAAUGGAUAAUAGAAGAAUAUCAAAAAAUAUUAUGGGAACAAAAACAAUUAUCUUCUAUGUUUGAUAAUGAUGGUGUUAUUUGUCCAGUCUGUCUCAAGAAUUUCCUCUAUGAAAUUUCAAAUUAUGCAGUUUGUAACUGUGGCUUCAAACUUCCUAUUCAAAUGGGAUUAGUCCAUUUAAAACAUAAUAUUCAAGAACAAAUUAAUAUUCAUUCGUUAACAUGUUUGCAUGCACCAUCAUUUUCCAUUUUUCAAGAAGGUGAAAAUGUAUCUUUGUGCCUUACAUGUACAUCAUGUGAUAUUUUUACAUUAGUUUGAAAUGAGCUAUAGAUUUUUUUAAAUAAAAUUUUAUGUUUUUUAUUUACUUAAAUAUUGCCUGUAAAGUUUAUAUGAUUAUCCAUUUUGUUUGAUACAUAGAUAAGUAAUUUAUAAGAAAGAAACUAAAGUUGUCUUGACAGUGAAACGUAUUUCUGUACUCGAUUUUUUCAGUUGAAUAUUUAUAUUUUUGUAAGUAUAAAUUGAUAGUUUUUAAGUUCAUAAGUAUUUUUUG